CUCAGUUUUUUCCGCCAAAAAGCAAAAGCAAAAAUAGUGAAGGGCAAAUCCGUCAUUAUGUAAAACCCUAAGCCGCUGGUUAUGUGCUCCAUUUAUAGUCUCAACUCAAUCUUCGUCUCUUCCCUUCUCUCACGUACCCUCUCUUCAGGUUGCUAUCUAGACUGCAAUCAUGGCUGAUGGACUGGAACAUCCAUCAGUUGUUCAGAAGCUAGCUGGACAGUCUUACCUUGUCUCCAGGCUCAGCCCCAACAUUCACUCCAGGAAUUAUUCUGCAACUGGUUCUUACCUCAAUGGAGGACUGCACACUUCUGGGUUGGCUGCCUUGUCAUCUGUAUCUCCAAUUACUGCACAUGCUCCAGCAGAGAAAGGACCAGGUGCUUUUAUGGUGGAUUUUCUGAUGGGCGGAGUAUCUGCUGCUGUAUCAAAGACAGCUGCUGCUCCAAUUGAGAGAGUUAAAUUGCUCAUUCAAAAUCAGGAUGAAAUGAUCAAAAGUGGUCGGUUAUCUGAACCAUACAAGGGAAUUGGUGAUUGUUUUGCUCGAACCAUGAAGGAUGAGGGUGUAAUUGCUCUUUGGAGAGGCAAUACUGCCAAUGUUAUCAGAUACUUCCCCACUCAGGCUCUGAACUUUGCUUUUAAGGAUUACUUCAAGAGGCUAUUUAACUUUAAAAAGGACAAAGAUGGCUACUGGAAAUGGUUUGCUGGAAAUUUGGCAUCUGGUGGGGCUGCUGGGGCUUCUUCUCUCUUAUUUGUCUAUUCUUUGGAUUAUGCCCGAACUCGUUUGGCUAACGAUUCAAAGGCUGCAAAGAAGGGUGGUGAGAGGCAGUUUAAUGGUCUGAUUGAUGUAUACAGGAAAACCAUUAAGUCUGAUGGUAUUGCUGGCCUUUACCGUGGUUUCAACAUUUCAUGUGUUGGAAUUAUAGUGUACCGUGGUCUUUACUUUGGAAUGUAUGAUUCUCUGAAACCAGUUGUUUUGGUUGGUGGGUUGCAGGAUAGUUUCUUUGCUAGUUUCCUUUUGGGAUGGGGAAUCACAAUUGGUGCUGGUUUGGCUUCCUAUCCCAUUGACACUGUGCGUAGAAGGAUGAUGAUGACUUCUGGAGAAGCUGUGAAGUAUAAUAGCUCUUUGCAUGCAUUUCAAACAAUCGUAGCAAAAGAAGGUACCAAGUCACUCUUCAAAGGCGCUGGUGCAAACAUAUUGCGUGCUGUUGCAGGUGCUGGUGUGCUUGCUGGUUAUGAUAAGUUGCAGCUUAUUAUGUUCGGAAAGAAAUACGGGUCUGGUGGGGGCUAAAAUGAUGACGACAAUUUCCUAGGAUAAUCAUGUUUCCCAUUUGGAAUAAUUUUGAAUGAAAAUAUUGGUAUUUUGAUAUUUUCCAAAUUUAGGACCGUGAAACAAAGAAAUCACAAUUUUGUGAACAAAAUUCUUCAUUUUGGUUGAGAAAAUGAGACUAUUGUCUUGAUUGCUA